AUGGAGGACGCCGACGUGCUGGAGCUGAACGUGCGGCCUUCCUGCUUCGACCGCCGCGGCCCGCAACCGUUCAUCGCCGACCGCGCCGUCCGCUUCGUGUGCGCCUGCAACUACGCCGCCUACAGCGCGCUGGUCGUCGUCCUCGCCGUCCUGGUGAUGGGCCUCGUCAGCUAUCUGGUCAUCGUGCCGGGCCGAGGCGGCCUCGACUACACGCACCGGCGAUUCAACUUCACCGAUGAAUCGCCGGACGGAUUCGACGGUCAGGAUUUCUCGCCAACCGCUCAAGCCAGCGCAACAACGGUCGUCCACGAGAGGGAUCUGUGCGGCUCGCGCGAGUGCAACCACGAAGCGGUGCGCAUAGUCGGCUCGCUCAACGCGUCCGUGGACCCAUGCGACGACUUCUACGCCUACGUGUGCUCUGUCUGGAUGGACAAGCACCGUCCCACGAAAGGCCAGGACAGGCGGUCCGUUGACGACGACCUCUUGGACAGCUACUCUCGCUUCCUGGUCAGCGUGCUGGGUCACAGCAAUGCCGAGAUACCCGCGGCCAAGACCCUCUUCGACGCGUGCGUCGAACCGCCCGCCUCCCUGUUCAGGGACGUCAUCACCACCUUCUUCUACAUGGUGGGUCUACAGCACUGGCCUUACUCGCUUUCGGACAGGGUUAUGGCCGUGGACGUCGCCUCCAAGGUCGGCGCUCUUCACCGUCUCUUGGGGCUGGACAGCCUAUUUCACCUCUCCAUCAUCGAGGAUCCCGAAGACAAGUACACGUUCAUGUCCAUCGGUGAGCCCGACCUGGUGUCCGGAUUCAUCGAAGGAUCCUCCGUCGCAGAGUUCACCUUCUUGGCCAAGGCUCACGAAACGCUCAUGUCGUACCUGGGCAGGCCCAUGUCGACCAACGUUGCGGUGGUGGAGACGGACCUGGCGCGGCGCAUGGCCCCACGAAAGACUCCGGGUUGCUACGAGCUGCUGAGCCAGUGCACGACCGUGCGCCUAGACCAGCUGCCGAAGUCUCGCGUAGUCCACUGGACGCUGCUGGCGAAGGAAGCGUUCGGCGACCGCAUCGCGGCAGUGAACCGGUUCGUGAAGAUGCCCAACUACGAAUACCUGCUGAGCUUCGGCAGCGACGUGCAGCAGACCCUACGGAAGCCGGACAUUCUAAACUACCUGGCGUUCCGAGUCUGCAUGGCGCUAUCACCACUCAUCGCCAACGCCACCGUGCGCCACCGGCUUGCCUCCAUCGCGUACGGCCGCAACCCACGCGCUGCCCAGCCUAUGCUACCGGAGCACUACUGCGUAGGGUUCUUGGACCGUUUCGAGGCGCCCCUCGUCAUGGCGUUGGCAUACGACCAGUCCGUGGACAGAAUCUCGUGGGACCUUAUCCGGGAGCUCGUUUUGGGUCACCUCAACGCCACGCUAGCAAGACACCUCAGCUACGACUUCUCCCGUUGGUUUACGCGCGAGUUCGCCGAUCACGUCUCCCGACAGCUGACGCGGGUCUCAUGGGAGCCCCUGGCUCCUAAGAGGUUCUUCGACAAGGACUACCGCAGCAAGUACCUAAGCGGGCUUUAUAGGGAGGACUCCGGCAGCCAGCAGCUGCCUUCCUUCUUCUACUUCUGGCUUCAGCGAGCUGUAAAGAGGGCACGCGGCACCCUGGAGACGGCCGAAGAGGACCUCAGGUCCGGCUGGAACAAGGGCUUCCUCAGCACGUGGCCGCACCUCGGCGCUCCGUUUAGAAUCCUGGAAAUCCCGCUGCCGGUGUUCGACUUCGGCAUGCCCCUCGACCACAGGCUGCGCAAGUUUCACAUCGCUCGGGUCGGUACACGAGUCUACUGGAGCCUCUUGAAGUACAUCUACUUCCUGGCUUACGGUUUCUACCUAAACACUACGUGGUCCGACCCGGCCUCCGUGUUCGAGAACCUGCGCGGGUGCCUCCAGAAGGACUACGCCCGGAUGAGCGCUUCUGCGGGCCGGUCUCAGCUGCACACGCUGCUCCUCUUCGAGAAGACUUCGACCGCGGACAUGCUGGACGUCUUGGCAGUCGGCCUGGCCUACCAGUCAUUCGAGGAGUACAUGGUCAAGGAGGUCUCCAACUUCCGCUUCAGGGAGGCGCGCCAGUUCUCGCCAGAACAGCUGUUUUUCAUCUACUACGGGCUGAACCACUGCGAGAACGCGAACCCGCUCUUCGAGAGCUGGCAGCAGGCGAGCGACGUCAGCUCGGCGUGGGCCCGCGUCAACGGCCCCCUGAGACACGUGCCCGAAUUCGCGGCGGCCUUCGGCUGCCCCCUGGGUUCGUUCAUGAACCCGCACGACAAGUGCAGGCUAGAUGAGCUCAGCGCCACUAUGCGUCAGCCUUAACGGAAAUUCGUUAGGCUAUAUAUUUGACGGGGGCACAGAGUCCUAUGAUCUAAGGCUUCAGCGAGUUUAUAGGUUACCUGUGAUGAAGUGAAACGAUGCGACCCACGAUGUGCAGACGGCGAGAACACAGAUAUGUGCAGUCUCCCUGACACACUGUCUAUAUUAUGGCGAAGUAGUACUUAUAACUUAAGCCUUCAUGGACGACGUAGUUUUUCGCUUGCUGAUGCCCUGUCCGUGUCUUUAGCAUGAACGUUGUUGCUCACCGCUAUAUCACACGAUUUCCGCGGAUACUUUAAUUGGCCAAUUAUUUACGCGAUACACAACCGAACAUGAGUACAAUGGAGGCAAGCUACUUAAGUAUGGGACAAAUGAUGCUCCUGUAUGCGUGCAUCUAAAAAUGUCUUAACGUUUCUUCGAUACAGUGUUCUUUAUUUUUUAUGAAAAGAAAGGUACUUUUCGCAAUUUGAUGUUCAUGUAUAUAGCGUAUAGACUUUUCACACCGCGGCAGGCGCAUUUCCUCAUUGUCGGCGCGUUUGUCUUUUUUGAGAUUCAGGCUAGUGUGUUGAAGAUUACACCGGACGCUGUUUGGUUGAUUACGCAUGCGGCGGUUAUGUGGAGGAGGGCGUGUGGGUGCGCGUCAUUGUGGAUCAUUGCUUCUCAUCCUUUUGUAUAAGCGAGCAUUGCUUAUGCAUCCGCGGGGGGUUAGGGUGUUUUCAAUGCAAAUAAGCGUGACGGGUGUAUUUCUUUUACCUCGUUCACACCUAUAGCACCAAGUUGUUUGUGAAUAAACGUCUAGCGAUCGGGACACGAACGCGCAAUUGGGCACCCGUUGAACACGAACAAUUGAAGAAUACAAAUGGCGUCGGUGUAUCGCCACCAUUUGAUUUCUGCCGCACGAUUAACACGUUUGCAUCCGAGGAAAUGCAGUCAAGCGCUACGUGCACAACUUGAGCAGAUAAACCUCGCAUUGUUUAAGCGUGCGUCAACCGCAUUGAAUAUGUGUAAUAAUGAACUACGGGAGAGAGAGAGAAACAACUUUAUUGACCCAUAUGGAAAUGGAGCGCGUUAAGCGCCUGACGGGGUGGCACCCUCUUCACGGGUUCCAUAUGCUUCCAGGGACGCCUGGCACCUGUGGAUCAGUCGGAGCUGGUCUUGCAGGGCGUGACUGGAUAGCAUGAUCUCGCAUCCCCACCUUUAUGAACUACGGGACCUAGUCUGCUCAGGAUAAUGCUAUGCUGCGCUAAGGAAAGCGUAUAGAAAAGCGGAGGAGCGCAUAUGACGUUAUGAGAAGAGAGGAAGACACGGAACAGUCUCGCUGAGGUUGACGUCACGACGGUGGGUGGCACCGUGGAUGACUAAUCUUCCGCUGUUGGACUUUAGCUACGACGACUUUGUAUAAUGCGACUGUGUAUUGUGUGCGUAGAUCUUUAUCAAGAGUGCCCGGCGUUGUGGGUCGUCUUCGUGGUUCCACGUUUUCGGCCUGCCUUUGUUUUCGCGUAAAAUCGGCGAAUCUCUUGUGGAGUUUGUCUUUUUCAACGAGUCCGUGUUAAUCGGUGUUUACAUCUUUUACUUUUACUUGUCGAUUAUGCAAAUUUUUUUACUUUUAUUUUUCGCCUUUUGAAUG